GGGCAUCUAGAUAAGAUGUGCGAUCAGAUUUCUGACGCAAUUCUGGAUGCCCACCUCAAGCAAGAUCCUGAUGCUAAAGUUGCUUGCGAGACUGUCACCAAAACUGGAAUGAUUAUGGUAUGUGGAGAAAUCACAAGCAAGGCUAAUGUUGAUUAUCAGAAGGUUGUGAGAAAUACUGUUAAACACAUUGGUUAUGAUGACUCUUCUAAAGGAUUCGACUACAAAACCUGCAACCUGAUGGUGGCCUUGGAGGAGCAGAGCCCAGAUAUUGCUCAGGGUGUUCAUCUAGCAGAGGAUAGAUCAGAUGAUAAUGUAGGAGCUGGGGACCAGGGUCUAAUGUUUGGAUAUGCUACGGAUGAAACUGAAGAGUGUAUGCCACUAACAGUAGUACUUGCACACCAGUUGAACAAGAAAAUUUCUGAUCUGCGAAGAGAUGGUUCUCUGUGGUGGGCAAGACCUGACAGCAAAACACAGGUUACUGCAGAAUACCGCUUUGAGAAUGGAGCAUGUAUACCUAUCAGAGUACACACUAUUGUUGUUUCUGUCCAGCACUCAGAGAAGGUAUCUCUGGAAGCCCUCAGACAGGAUAUUAUGGAAAAAGUUAUCAACACUACUAUCCCCAAGAAGUACUUGGAUGAGGAGACUGUGUUCCAUAUUAACCCCUGUGGUAACUUUGUGAUUGGAGGACCAAUGGGAGAUGCUGGACUUACUGGCAGAAAGAUUAUUGUUGACACAUAUGGUGGAUGGGGAGCUCAUGGAGGUGGAGCUUUCUCUGGCAAGGAUUAUACCAAGGUUGAUAGGUCUGCUGCCUAUGCUGCUAGAUGGGUCGCUAAGUCUCUUGUUAAAGCUGGUCUUUGUCGUCGUUGCCUUGUCCAGGUAUCCUAUGCUAUUGGUCUACCUGAUCCUCUAAGUAUUACAGUUUUUGACUACGGAUCAGGAUCCAAGUCCUCUAAGGAGCUGACUGAAAUUGUGAAGAAAAACUUUGACCUUCGCCCUGGUAGAAUUGUCAAGGACUUGAAGCUGAAGACUCCGAUCUUCCAAGAGACAGCUUCAUAUGGACAUUUCGGUCGAGAUAUAUUCACCUGGGAGCAGCCUAAGCAGCUCAACUACUAAGGUAAUAUAUUCUCUUGUGAGCAGCUUAACUACUAAGGACGAGACGAUUGCUGAUGUAUCUGGUUGCCUGAUCUUUUAAGCUCAUGUGACCUCUUCUGUACAUAUUGCUGCACACUAUGUACAUUCUGCUCAUCUCCCUGUACCCUUUAUUCCUAUUCUACUUCAGUAUUGCAUUGUUUAAAAUUUAAAUCAACUUUCAAUAUCUGAAAAUUUUUAACUUGUAUUUUGUACUGUUUUCAAACAAGUUUGGACGGGGUAAACCCGCUUGAGGAAUCCACAGUUUGGUCUGGCCGAUUUAUCUCGAAACGACGACUAAUGAGAGGAAGUCAUCAGACGAUGAAUACUCUAUAUUCGUCCUUGUUUCUGCCCGGCCGAACUGCAAGAAACAGGACAAUUUUGUUAAACCUGUUCUUGUGUUGUGCGGGACAAGAUUGUAACACGGAAAAGAGCUUAUUUUUUCUAGCACUCCGGACUCCCUCGACCCUGGAGGGGGGUGCACACUCCCCCCUUUUACCCUGUCCUUCAAACACACUUUUUUAGUUCACGUUCUGUUUGUAUCCUUAUUAAAUGGUAAGUCAGUAACAAAGCCUUGUGCUUUUGUUAAAAGGAUUCUUUCAGACAUUUUCUAGUUGAAAUUUAAAUAAAUUUUGUAAAACAGC